UCAAGAAUCAUCAACUCUGAUAUCGCACCGCUUUUUCACACCUUUUGGAUGGCUCUCUAUUGUGUGUGACUGCAAUAAAAUUGAAUUGCGUGCACCGGAUGAUUUUAGUGUUGCUGGAGAAUCUUCUGGACAAAGUGCUGAUCUGUGAAAGUAUUCUGAGGGGAUGUACUUUGACAAAAUCUGCCAGAAGCUGAUGCUUCUGAAUUUGUGCUGGAAGCAAUAUACUUCCACAUCAUUUCCCUUUAUCACCCUAGCUCCCCCAUAUACUUUGCCUCCAAUUCCCACGGUACCUCCGCCAACCCCAACGAUCCCACCUUUAACGCCCACCUUGCCUCCUCCAACACUCACACCUGUUCCUCCAACAAUGACUUUCGUUCCUCCUUUAACAACUCUGCCACCCAUUACAACUUCCAUGAUUCCUCCCAUUACCCUCACACCAGUCCCUCCAACCCUUCCUCCUCCUGUUCCUCCACUGACGACAACCGAACAGCCACGGCUCACACUUGCUCCACUUCCUCCUGGACUGACUACUCUUCCUCCAGUUCCACCGCUCACGACAUUCCCACCAAAUCCACCUCCUCUCACUCCUGUCCCUCCUGGGCUGACUACCCUUCCGCCAGUUCCUCCACUCACGACUUUUCCGCCAAAUCCGCCUACUCUUACUCCUGUACCUCCUGGACUUACUACCCUCCUGCCACCAGUCCCGCCACUUACAACUUUUCCACCCAAUCCACCCAUACUCACUCCAGUUCCUCCCAGGCUAACAACUUUCCCAACAAAUCUACCUCCACUCACAACUUUUCCACCCAGUCCUCCUCCUCUCACUCCAGUUUCGCCUGGACCAACACUCUCUCCAGUUCCUCCACUAACUCCCAUCCCAUCGCGCCCCAGUCUCACCACUGCAAUCCCCAUCAUCUGUGAUCCCGUCCCUCCAACAUGCCCACCACCAACGGCUCCUGGACAGCCCCAGACCCUUCCCAACGGUUGUCCCUGUAUCGAUCCUCGCAUUGCCAUCCUCGAUCUCAUCGUCGAUGCCAUUCGUCGUGGGAAUCUCCGUAUCUGAUCAUCUCUGUGCGUGAAUAAUUGCAGUCUGUGAUUCAUAUUUUCUAAAUUGAUGUCAUGUGAAAACUUCAAUAUUAGUUUUUUCGCGGGAAACACCGCGUGUCAUUGAAUUUGCAGCACAAAAAGCCUCAAUUGCUACACUCCCAAUCUCAGUCCAGGGAAUUGCGUCACGUUUCAAGCUUGUCAGAGUCUCAUGGAUCUCCUGCAGCAGUACUACCAGACUUAUGAUUCCAGAAUUGCAACCUACAUUCAAAGUUCCUUCUGCGGACAGAAUACUUAUACUUUCUACGUAUGUUGCCCUGUUUACGGAGGGGGAUCUGCAAAUUCUUUAAUUUUUCAAGAUUCCAACUACAACACGUAUCCUAACUACCCUACAUAUCCAAGCUAUCCCACCUAUCCUAGCUAUCCUACAUAUCCCAUAUAUAACGUAUAUGCCCAGAAUCCAUUCCAAGGAUUGAAGCAAGGAAAUUCUGGAGAUGCUUCUCAGUGUGGCGUGUUCAAUGCCACUUUUACAAGGGUUGUAGGUGGUGAGGAUGCCCCUGUUGGAGCCUGGCCAUGGAUGGCACUUUUGGGAUAUCAGUCUGCAACUCGAGGUCUCACAUUCAGUUGUGCAGGAUCUCUGAUAACGCAGCGCCAUGUCCUAACAGCAGCUCAUUGUAUCGAUGAUUCCUUGACCCUUGUUCGCCUGGGAGAACAUGAUUUAUCCAUAACUUCUGAUGGAGCUACUCAGGAUAUUCCGGUGGAUAGAAAAAUAGUCCAUCAGGAUUUUCAAGCCAAAAACAUCUUCAGUGAUAUUGCUCUCCUUCAUCUAGCUCAAGCUGCUACGUUGAGUGAUCGAGUAUCUCCAGUUUGUCUCCCAACAGAGAUGAACUUACGCCAAAAGGACAUAACCUACUACCAGCCGUUUGUCACAGGUUGGGGGGCUACUUCCUACAAAGGUCCUUCGGCAAAUGUCCUUCAGCAGGCUCAGGUUCCGAUCCUUCCUCUCAGUGAUUGCGAAACAAACUACAAAGGGAAUUUCCCAAGCCUUGUUUUUGAUGAGAAGAUUCUCUGUGCAGGAUGGCCGAGUGGUGGGAAGGAUGCCUGCACUGGGGACAGUGGAGCUGGUUUGUAUCUUCCUCAGCUUUCAUCCGACAAGUCCUUCUAUUACUACAGCAUUGUUGGAAUCGUAUCCUACGGCUACGAAUGUGCCCUUCCCGGAUUUCCAGGUGUCUACACACGCGUAACAUCGUUUCUUCCGUGGAUUGAUGAGCACCUAAAUGACUGAAUCUUCUACCAGUUGCAAAAUCUCCCAAGCAUUAUGUUGUAUGUGUCUCAAGAAGCGAAAAUACAUGUUGAAAAGUGUGCUGUAA